CAGGUUUUUGUUUCCAGAAUCUCUACAGCUUCGCUCAAGGUGAACACGUGUCAAUGUUCAUGUUUUCUUUCCUCACCGGAUCAGUCACUCCCAUCGGGCCUGCUAUAACGUUGUCAGUUGUGAUAUCCUUCAACUACAAUAAAAGACCUCCGGCAAAACCAUUUCCAUUUCUUCGAAGUUAUCUAAGAAUCAGCGACGAAGAUGGUGCUUCUUGCCUUUUCAAUUCGAUCGAAUUACUACAGCAACGCGAAGCGCCAUCUGUUAUUCUUAUCGCAUCGGAGUUGCAGGACAAGGUGGUUCGGUAGCGGCCCUGAGUCGACAAGGAUUGAGUUCCCCGUACAGAACGCAUACGAGCUGUUAGGAGUUCCGGAGAACAGCUCAUUCGCAGAAAUUAAAGCUUCAUUUCGCAGAUUGGCCAAGGAAACUCAUCCGGACCUCUCCGACUCGAAGAAUGAUUCCACCGCUUCUCAACGUUUCGUUCAAAUUCUUGCUGCUUAUGAGAUUCUCUCAGAUUCUCAGAAGAGGAGCCAUUAUGAUCAAUAUCUGUUAUCCCAGAGAAAAUUUAUGCAGCAACAUUCUCGAGAAUGUUCAACAUCGUAUACAUAUAAAUCAUAUAUGACAGUAAGUAAGGAGAUGGAAGUUGUUGAAUGGUUGAAGUGGUACAGAUUUGCUAUAAAUGAUAUACUGUCCGAGAAGAAGGUGGUAGUUGGAACAGGCUAUUUUGAUGUACUUGAACAUGAUUUUUAUGCCGCCAUGCACACAGCAUACUUUGGUCCUGUUAUCGAGUCAAUGGACCUUCUUCCCGACCGCUUUGAAGCUGAAGAGAGAUCCAUGUAUGAAACUCCUGAGGUGCUGCACUUGGUUUCUGGGAGAGAUCUUUUUGGAAUGGUCUGCCUGGUCAAUGAUAUUCCGGAAUUAGCUUCUAUCCACAGUGAGAAGUUGACAUCCUCCAAGUCCAGGGGUUUAUACAUCUCCCAAUUAAUUGAAGAUACACGUACUGGCAGGAAACCUAAAAUAGUGGAUGAUGUCAAAAUUUCUAACACAGAAGCUGAAAAUACUGCAUUUUACAAAUCUGAUACAUAUAGAGAUUUAGAGCUGCAUGUUUUGGGAAAAGUGGUUGCUACUGCCACCAGAGUCCCUCCUAAAAGCAGUUUCCAUGAAGUGGACAAUAAAGAUGGUCAAGAUCACAUACAUGUCUAUCUCUGUUCAGAUUCACUAGGCGGUGUCAAAUGGAGUAAUGGAAAGUCCUGUAUGAGUAAUUCAGUUGGCUCAAGGAUUCGACUGGGAACUAUAACUGGAUUAGGGACUAGCCCAGAUGAAGGUUCAUGCUUUGUCUAUGAUAGCAGUGGUACAAAAACCCAUGUGAUAAUGAAACAUAGGACAUUGCUGGUGAAGCAUAUGCACUGGUAUGGAGUGGGAGAUGAAGUUUCAGUCUGCGAGUGUAGAUGCAGUAGAGCCCGGUUACCACCUAGCAAAUUUUGGCUGUUUGAGCCUCGCUGUGGCAUGCAUGACAUAGGUGGUUGGUAUGUUGAAACAUUUGGCAGAGAUAAAAAGGGCCGGACAGUCGCAGCACAAAGGUAUUGGAAUGGCUUUGGUUCAAGCGAGCAAUUUGAGACGAGACUCCAUCCAGCAGUGUACUUGCUAGCUCUUGCAUAUAGAACUCUAGAUCUUGAAGAUGCAAAAAGAAAGAAACUGACAGUAACGGAUGCUGUUGAUAGAAAACUCUUUAAACUCCUCAGGUGGUGCAAGAAAGUUUUUUAGAACGAGUUCGGCCAGAGGCUCUCGAGCCCUUUACAUGUUUCAGCUAGAAGAAUCAAGAAUGUAAGACAAUUUACUUCAAAAGGUGGAAGCAUUAACUGUCUAUUAUGCUUUGAUACUGAAGAGAUUAAGGAAAAUAAAGAUGAGUUAAGGAGCACAUGUGGCCUAUUGGUAGCCAACUCGUACACUUGCAUAAGGUUCAAUUCACUCUGCCCUCAAAAAAUUAAGAAUACAACCCAAUGACUUGUCAAAAAAAAAAGAAAAAAGAUGAGGUGUUUUGGAGUGCUUUAUGCAUCAUGACUUAGAGGAAUAGUUGGGACUUGCGGCCAGUUCUAAUAAUUCUCUGCUAUUGCAACCAACUUGCUCAAGAGGGACAAUAUUUGUGGCUUAUUCUGACAGUAUUAAAUCCAUGUUGGAUCAAUAGAUUUAUGACGUUGAAGGAAUGGUGUUGAAUUCGCUUCAAGAUUCAGCUGACAUGUUUGUAACUCAUGACAAAGCAAAGUUUCAGUCACCAGUGAUUACUGCACUAUGAUCAUUUUUUUUUCUUUCCUUAUAGUGGACAUUCAGAAAGAUAAUUCUUGGAAUAUAUGGAGGAAAUGGUUACUUUAUAUGCCGUUGAAGGUUUUAUGAAGACUAGCUUUCUGUAUAACUUAGCAUCCAUCGAAUCAUCACUAUCUGCUUCUGCCUGUUCUGAGAGCAAAUUUUUGCUUACUCUGCACCAUGUGUCCUUGAAGUUGUUCUGACAUGUGGAAUUGGAAAAAUGACUGCAUGGAACCCCAACUGCACGUAUUUUAACAAAGAAAGCAAUUAGCAUUUUCUUUGGAUGCUUGUUUGGAAAAUUUUGUUAUCUGACGGUAGCUGAUCCAGGAGGAAACUGAUGGCACUUCCUCGGGUUAUACAAACAGUUCAUGUUUCCAGGUUCUACAUGUUUUUUAUUGCGUGUCAGAAUAUGCUCAGCUGUUGCAUGUUUCUUGCCAUGUGAAGGGGUUAAUUUCCAUGAAAGUUAUAAAGUUCAAUUGUGUAUACUGGUCUUCCAUCAGCAGCUUCAGCUGCAGCUGCUGCUAGAUCGUCAUCCUGCAUUACCUCCACUGGCAGUCGAAGCAACUCCUCUUUUCUAAUUAUUGAUGAGAAGGUGGAUUGUUUAAUGAAUUCUCCUUAGUCGUCAUGGCAUUUUGAAAGAACUCCUCCACUGGCCUAGCAAAGACAAAAAGCGACGCUGCUGCUACGAUUGAAUCCACUAACGGGAGCUGGGUAACAGAAAUUUGUUCGUCCUUAACAUAAACACAUGGUGAAGAGUUUCUGACCUCAGGUGGUUUUACCCACAUUUGUCCAUCGUACCAUCCACUCUCUUCAUAAGAAAUCAUAAAUAUGCGUGUGAUUCAGUGGCUAUCAUGGAGAAGAAAAACAAGGAGAAGGUACCAAAUAAAUUCUUAGGACGAGCAGUGACACAAGGAAUAGAGUUCCUGUUCCAGCAGCUAGCGCAAAUCGUAAAGGUUCCUGCAGGGAUUGAAACUUGCCGCUGCAACUGGAGCCCCAAGUACAGUAAAUGCUGCCAACCAGAGACCUCCGAGACGAAGGAAAAGGGACCCUGGACCCAGUUCACCCCACGAGUACAAGCCUGAAUCUUUGAGAGAGGAGUACUCAUUCACCUAUUUCAGAAACAAGAAUUGCAACUGUUAUACGACAUAUAGGUGGUUACCAUAACAAGAAUUCAGUGCAAGCGAACAUACCGGCCGUUGUUCAAAAGGAACUUCAAUUUCCAAGCCAGGAUCCCAGUUUUGGCCCCUGAAGCCCCUUGUACUCCCAUCCAUCUCAUCUUUCAAAGCCUUGACAGACUUUGCGAAAGAAUUUCCAGCCUUUCUGGUACUGAAUGUUCCAUGAACGCUCUGCCUUCCCAACCCCUAGUUUGAUGUGUCUUGUACUAAGAAUAAGAUUGCAAUGGCCAUUUAGCUUCAGCAUCUAAUCUUAUGUUGAGCGAAUUCCAAGCGUUUGGUGAGCUUGUGAAGAAAGGGAAGAUGGUGUAUAAGGUCCCGAGUUAAGAAGGAUUGAGUGGCAGUGAUUGUUUUUUGAAUUAUUCGUCUAUUUGCGUGGCGCUAAACGAUGGAUAGAAAAUAUGUUUUUGUUAAUUUC